ACUGUAUUUAACCCAAAUUAGAACCCUUUGUAGGAGGUGAAAAGUAAAGUAACCUACAACUCUGCCUCUCCUUGGCAACUCCUCCAUCUUUGAUUCUCCAAUCCCAUAUCAACCCCCCACACCCACAUCCCAACCCCACCCUACCCCUCAGAAAUUUCUAAACUCUCCCACCAAUACCAUACGCCUACCUCGAGCACUCCGUCAAAGAGGUCCAUUCCCCACCCCCCCCUCUCUCUCUAUAUAUAUUCGCCCAAGAUCAGUACUCCGCAUGCUGAUGUUCUGCAACUCCAACUGUAUCGCCGCCACCGAUGAACGGAGCCACUGCCACUCCCCGCCUCCGUUCAGCACGUGACAGGAAAUCCAAACCACCACCACCACGACCCACUAACGCCCACCUCCCUAACGGUGCCAAUCUCCUUAACGGUGCCGUCCCACGCCCCCGAGAUUCUCCAGAUAUGACCCAGAAAAGAUCGUCCUCGACAGCUAACGACAUUUGCUGCCGCCUGGGCAACGCUCAUUUCCUGAAAUGGAGGGCGAGGGAUGUAUUGGGUGUGCUGCGGUACCACCCCGUACCCUGCGCCUUCGCGGCGUCCGUUUUGUUCUUUAUGGCCGUUGAAUACACUCUCCGCAUGAUCCCGCCUAUGGCGCCGCCGUUCGAUCUAGGCUUCGUCGCCACCACUACCCUCCACCAGUUGCUCGCCGCUAGACCUGCUCUUAACACGAUUCUCGCUGGCCUAAACACGGUAUUUGUGGGGAUGCAAACGACGUAUAUCCUAUGGACGUGGCUAAUUGAGGGGCGGCCAAGAUCCACCAUUGCAGCACUGUUCAUGUUCACAAGUAGGGGAAUUCUUGGAUAUGCCACUCAGCUCCCACUGCCUGAGGGAUUCUUGGGCUCAGGCGCGGAUUUUCCGGUCGGAAAUGUUUCGUUUUUCCUAUUCUAUUCAGGCCAUGUUGCUGCCUCAGUUAUUGCAUCAUUAGACAUGAAACGGAUGCAAAGAUGGGAACUGGCGUACACUUUCGACGCCUUGAACGUCUUGCAAGUUAUCAGGUUGCUGACUACAAGAGGCCACUACACAAUUGACUUGGCAGUCGGAGUUGGGGCUGGAAUACUGUUCGAUUCCCUGGCGGGGAAAUAUGAAGACGGCAAGAAAACAGCAGGUAAUUAUGUAAAGGCGCAAAAUAUGGUGAUUUAGUGUUGACUAUGUCUUGUGUAAAAGUACAUCAUCGAAAACCCACAAUUAUGUGUAUCCUAGGAAAAGAUCUGAUAGCUUGUAGAAGUUGAGGUUUUAGUUUAUGUAUAAAACCACAUAAGACGGGCCCAGAUGUAGAACUUGUUAGCUUAUUUAUUUUCCUCGCCAAAUGAAUGAUAAGGUUCAAUGAUUUAUGUCGCAAUCUUAUUUUCAACCUUGCC